CAGCCUGCUCCUUCAGUCAGAAACCUGGAGCAUGGCUAGCAUGAACCACAGCCAGGAGCAGGCGCUCAGGAGGGACAGCCACACCAGGGAGAUUGACCUCAUCAACAGGGACCCCAAGCAAAUAAAUGAGGAUGUCGUCAAGGUCAACUUUGAAGAUGUGAUCGCAGAGCCUGCUGGCACGCACAGUCUGGACGGCGUAUGGAAAGCCAGCUACACCACCUUCACUGUGUCGAAGCACUGGUGUUACUGCAUCUUAAGUGCCAUUCUGGGCAUCCCUUUGUCACUGGUCUGGGGCCUCCUGUUUGCUUGUUUGUCAUUCUGCCACAUCUGGGCUGUCGUGCCCUUCAUUAAGAGCUGUCUGAUUGAAUUCCAAUGUGGGAGUCAACUCUACUCACUGGUCAUACACAAUUUCUUUGACCCGCUCUUCGUGGCACUGGGGAAGAUGUACAGCGGCGUCAGAGUGAUUCUACGCAAGGAGGUGUAA